GCGAGUACGCGGGUGGUACGUUCGAUCCCCGGCAUCGGCGUUUUUAUUAUUUUUUUUUUCCUUCUUACGUGACGGUGCGACGGUACAAUCGAGCAGAUACCUGAAAAUCAUUGCAAAGAAUCCGUAAAUAAGCCAUCUCAUCUGCCCAACAUCAGUCCACCAUUCACCUGCCUGCUAAAUCUUGAAUUUCUUGUAGAUUUUCAAUUUCCCGUUGAUCCUUUUUUUAUUUCUGCAUCUGGGUCCUUUGGUUAUGGCGUUCCAUGUGUUUUCAUCCACAAAAUUGGGUUGAAAAUAGGUUACUUCACUUCCAUUUCUUGUGCUUUUAUCUGGGUUUUCUUUCGUUUUACCGUUCAGCAGAAGAGUAUGUUUGUAGUUUUCCAAGAUUAACUUCUUGAAGUUGAAGUUUUUUGUUGAAUGGAAUGGAGCUUUACUUUGAUCGAACUCUAUCUUUGUUCUGUGGAAAACUUUUGUUCUGGAUUGGGUGCUCCAUGCGAAAAAACUGGCAAAAUUAUUACAUUAGUUGAUUCUGCAUAAGAAAUCGAGGCAUUGGCUACUUCAAUUUUCUACCCUCUGCUGUUGAUAGCAGGGGACUACGAUCCAUGGAUGCCUCACGAGAUCUGUUAUUUACUGUUCCGGAUCCACAUUUUCGAAACAUCGUCGAAUACUUAAUGUAGAAGGAUAUUCAUUAUGGUAGGGGUAAAGAAGAGAGGCCAUGGAAAUCGUUCUUGGAUAAAGAUUGAUAAGGAAGGGAACUCAGAGGUUUUGGAACUUGAGAAGGCUACGAUAAUGAGACAUUGUUCUUUACCUUCUAGAGAUAUGCGACUUUUGGAUCCUCUCUUCCUUUGUCCAUCCACAAUUCUUGGAAGGGAGAAGUCAAUUGUUGUCAGUCUUGAGCAAAUUCGGUGUAUAAUCACAUCUGAUGAGGUUUUUUUAAUGAACUCCUUAGAUGGAUGUGCUGCACAGUACAAGUCAGAAUUAUGCAAGCGUUUGCAGGCAAAUAAAGACCAAUCAGAUGAUUUGCCCUUUGAAUUUAGGGCUAUGGAGCUGGCUCUGGAACUUACUUGCUCACUUCUUGACACUCAGGUGAAAGGGAUGGAAAUGGAGAUAUACCCUCUACUGGAUGAUUUAGCAUCUUCAAUAAGCACCCUUAAUCUUGAAAGAGUUCGAAGAUUUAAAGGCAACCUUCUGACCUUGACUCAACAAGUGCAAAAGGUGCGUGAUGAAAUUGAACAUCUGAUGGAUGAUGAUGGUGAUAUGGCUGAGAUGUAUCUAACAGAGAAGAAACAAAGAUUGGAGGCAAACAUCAGAAGUAACUCGUAUUUGGAAGCUAAUUUCUUUGGGAAACAGCUACCAAAAUCAGCUCCUGUUUCGCCAGUGGGUUCUGCCAAUGGAACUUACAAAUUACAAAGGGCUUUUAGCAGUAUUGUGAACUCUAGCAGCUUGAUAAGUUCAUCAACCAGCGGAGAUAACAUUGAACAAUUGGAGAUGCUGCUCGAAGCAUACUUUGUGGUCAUUGAUGACAUGCUCAGUAAAUUGUUAUCGCUCAAAGAAUCUAUAGAUGACACAGAAGAUCUGAUCAACAUUAAACUGGGCAACGUUCAGAACCAGCUGAUACAAUUUCAGUUGCUAUUUACUGCAGCUACAUUCUUGGCUACAAUGUUUGCAGCUUUAACAGCGGUUUUUGGCAUGAAUUUUGUCGACAAUGUCUUCGAGCAUCCGACUUCUUUCCAGUUGAUAGUUUACUUGACCUUGAUUGCCUGUGGUCUUGUGUAUUUCGGUUUUCUAUUAUAUUUUAGGUACAAGAAAAUAUUCCCACUGUAAUUGAGCUAAGAGAAUAUAUACCUCUCUGCAAAUGGAACUAAGAUUUGAAAAUGGUAUGUCGUGUAAAUAUUUCCUGUGAAAAUCAUAUUUGUGUGAAACUAGUUGUUUUACGUUUUUAGUCA